AUGGCCGGCAGCAAAGAAGAAAUGCUGCUGUGCAGACAUCCUCUGACAAUGCCUCCACUGUUGGGAGCAGCUUCUAUUCUGCGAACUAACACGUCCACAGAUUCCUUCAAGGAGAAGCAGGCAAGACAACAUGAGCCAGCCACUGAACAAAAGGGCAAAGACAAGUGGCCGGAAAGCAGGGCUAAACCAAGGCAAGCCGAGCCCAGCCAAGCCCAGCAGGCAGAAAUGGAACCUCUCAGCACAUCAUGGGUCUUCUUGCACGAUGACAAUGUGUGUUCUGAGACUAGCCGUCCAGCUCUUGAAGAGGAUGUCUUCCCCGACUGUUACAUAGAAUGCAUAAUAAGAGGUGAGUUUUGUGAACCCAUCCUGGAAGAGGACUCACUUUUUAAGUCCUUAGAAUACCUAAAGGAAGGACCAGACCAAGAGCCUCCUCACCAGGUUCUUGGAGCAAGCUCCUUUCUGCAGUGUUCCUUAGAGCGCACGAAACAGGGGGCUACACAAGAGCUUCUCCAAGAGACUGAUGAAGAGAAUUCACUUGAGUAUUCUGAGUACAUGACAGGCAAGAAGCUUCCACCUGAAUGAAUACCUGGAGUUGACUUAUCAGAUCCUAAACAGCUCGCAGAAUUUGCUAGAAAGAUGCCCCCCCAAAAUAGAGAUUUUCUACAGACCGUCGCUUGUCCUCAGAGUGGAUGCCCCUGAAGGUUGAGGAACGCACCUGCUCUGAAAAAGCACCUCCUCGUUCAUGCUCCCCGAGACCACGUGUGUGCGGAACGUGGGAAGGCGUUCGCUGAGAACUCCAAACUAAAGAGACAUUUUCUGGUUCAUACCAGAGAGAAGCCAUUCCAGUGCACUUUUGAAGGGUGUGGAAGGCGUUUUUCCCUGGACUUCAAUUUGCGUACACACGUGCGCAUCCACACUGGGGAGAGGCAUUUCGCGUGUCCCUGCAUCAGGAGGUUUGUUCAGUCAAAUAACCUGAAAGCUCACAUCUUAACUCAUGUGAGGGCACAAAAAUUCAUGUGA